AAUGUGAAAAUUCUAAAAACACCGUAGAACCAAUAACAAAUAAAUCGAAGAAGGGAGGAGGGGACUGUAGUCCGAGGGCGACGGCGAAGCAUAGCCAGCUGCAAGAACCUCGCCGCAGCCGUCGAUUCACUGGUGUCGUUGAAACUUUGGCAAAGUAUUGCCCAAUUUUUUCUUUGGUAUCGGAUCGCGAAGUGAAAUUCAGGGCGGAAUAUUUGGCGGCAAUCUCGAUCGACGAUGGUCACGGCGUUAGCAAUUGAAUCGGCACCGUCCCAAAUUCUUGUGCUUGGAUUUCUGCACGGAGCCCUUAACUCCCUCAAGCGUGAUAUAUCUCGGAUGUUCGCCGUCUUUUAUGGCCGACCUGACAUUGACGAAGCGGCGAGGUUCAAUGAGGAUGAGGAUUCAUUACAUCCUGCUCUUAAAAGUUUAAUGACAACUGUCGGUGACCAUUGCGAUUUGAGAUCUUCGGAUUGCUUCUCAGAAAAGCAUAAUUUUAACGGCGAAGGAGAUCCGGGGGCAGUUUUCAACGUGUUGGACGCUCUGCUCAAGGGUAGUCUAGACCGUUUGAAAGCCAUGAGGGAAAGCAUAUGUUUGGCGAAGUCAGGUCUUCAAAAAUGUUUUUUGGAGGCUGUUCAACAACCUGACUACACAGUCAUGGUUAGGGAUUUGUGUUUAAAAGGAAAGUUAGGAGCAGCUCUUUUGCUUCGGAGAAAGUUGAUAAAAGAAGGCUUUGCUGUUGAUUUGGUCACACAUAAUUAUCUUCUUAAUGGACUGUGUAUAAACUGUGAUAUGGAGAUGGCAGAUUCUCUAUUUAGGGAAAUGCUAGAAAGGGGUCCUUCUCCCAAUUGUGCCACAUACAAUAUCAUUAUUAAAGGUUUCUGCCUUCGUAUGAAUAUGGAUAAAGCUCUUGACCUAUUUUAUACCAUGGUUAAUAGUGGUAUUAGGCCAAGUAGAAUUACCUAUAACAUACUCUUACACGCAUUGUGCAAGAGAGGCAUCUUGGUGGAUGCUAGGAAGCUUCUUGAAGUUAUUCUAGGUGAUGAUAUUAAAACAACAGAUGAUGCAAUCACAUCAACUAUACUGAUGGAUGGUUGUUUUAAAAGUGGAGAUACAAUUCAGGCCAUUGCUUUAUGGGACAAGAUGGUUGAAAAGAAGACUGAGAUUGAUGUUGUUGCAUACAAUGUCCUUAUUCACGGGCUUUGCUUGAAUCAAGACAAGAAAAGUGCGCUUAGCUAUGUUGCUGAUAUGCUUAAGAGAGGUUUUCUUCCCGACAUCUUUACAUACAACACUCUAAUUAGUGCUUUUUGCAAAGAGGGCCAAUUUGGUGAUGCUUACUAUAUCCAUGAUGUCAUGUCAAGAAUGGGUGUUUCUCCAGAUCAAAUUUUAUACAAAAUGAUUAUUCAAGCUCUAUGCAUGAAUGGAGAUGCUAUCAAAGCCGAUGAGUUUCUUCACUCAAUGUUAGAAAAAUCAAUGGUGCCUGAUCCUCAUAUUUGGAACCUGAUAAUCGAUUGUUAUGGAAGGUAUGGAUAUCUGAGCAAUGCAAUCUCCACAAGGAAUCAGAUGUUGGUUGCUGGCGUGCAACCAAAUGUAUUUACUUACAAUGCGUUGAUUCAUGCACAAGUUAGAGGGGGAAACAUAUUUAGUGCAUAUUCUUUGAAAAAGGAAAUGCUUUUGUUAGGUCUUUUUCCAGACAUUGUUACUUAUAAUUUAUUGAUAAACGGUGCUUGUAAGCAUGGACAAAUUCGUUAUGCCCUUCAAUUAUAUGAUGAAAUGCUGAGAAAGGGAUAUGAAGCAGAUAAGAUAACAUACACAGAACUAAUAAAUGGUCACUGUAUGUGUGGUGAAAUGAAAGAGGCAGAAGAUCUAUUUUUUCAGUUGCAUAGAUCUGGGUUGCCGAUGGAUAUUGUUCCAUUUAAAAUUAUUUUUGAAAAGUACCAAAAGAUAGGAGAGCCUAACAUGGCAUUGAAAUUUUAUCGAAGGUGGUUGGCAACGAUGGCCUGAGGAGCUGUUUAACCAAAUAAAUUAUUUGAGGUUACAACACUAUUUUUGCCAUUUUGGCUCACAAUCAUGGGAGAUUUGGCGUACUGAUCUCUUCUACUGACCAAGUAUAAUUCGGCCUUCUGUUUGUGGACAUCUCUGAUGGGUAACGUUGCCCUCCUUGAGAUGGUGCAAAAUAUCCAAUACCGAGCUUCUAAGAGAGGAACUAAUUCGGAAGGUGUUUUGGGGAUGAAUUUUGAGCUAUAUGUGCCUAUUGCAGAAAACAUUAGUAAUGGAUUUAAGCAGCUGAUGGGAUGUGACUCGAAAUUGUGGCACUAGUAUACACCUUCACCUGGUCUAGUUGUGUAGCCCAGCAACGAGGAUGCAGCCGAGAUUGUGAUUUGAGGAGUUUUGAGUACAGCAUCACUCGAACCACAGUUGAAAGCAGUAACUCGCAUUUGUAUGUUGCAAAGUGGGGAGGUUAUUUGUGCUGUCAUGGUUAAGUUCCUCGCCUUAUCAAACUGACGAGCUCCUUGACUCACUUUUUUACCAGUCAAGUUAGCAAUAAACGAUGAUGACGAAACCAAAUAAACUCAGUCUUCUUUGAUGGAUCUCGACGCUUGAAUGAAACAAAGUAGCCAAGCCAUCAUAUAGGGACCCGUCUAAUGGUACAUUUUCCAGUACCAUUGGUGUAUUUUUCCAAACAAGUAACACUGACAGCACCACAGACAAACCCAUGGUUUGAGUAACAGUGUUCAUGCUAAUUACCUAACAGAGCUGAUAUAGUAACUUAAGUUCACGAUGCAGUGGUGUCGGUAAAAGACACUGUUCAUUCAACUCUCAAUAAUGGAGUCGACUUGUUCUAUUCCUCAGCCCGACCUACCUUCUAAUCUUAUCCCCAAAGUUGGCCCCCCCAAGCUGAAGAAUCGAGAAAAGAAAACGACAUUUAAUACGUAAAUACAAGUUUUCUUGUACUUGGAUCAGAGGGGGGUGGGUAGGGAGUGAGUUAGAAGGCAUGAAACUCUGGAAACUCUGGAAACAAUGGUGAAUGUCGACUUCUGAGGACUUGUACAGGAGAUGCCUAUGAAGCGUCUCUUUAAUCCAGUCAAUAGGGGAGGGCCCUUAUAUUGUGCUGCGACAAAGCUACUGAGCCAAUGACUAAUAUUUCCCCUGAAGUUUGGAGGACUGUAUUCAGUGUCAUUGAAUACGUCUAUAUAUAUAUAUAUAUAUAUAUAUAUAUAUAUAUAUAUAUAUAUAUAUAACUACCAAGGAUUCUUCAGGGUAAAACUAUUGAAGGAUGUGCAGCCAAAAUCACUUUGCCAUUUUGUCAGUGGGUGAAAAGAUGUUUCAUUUUAAAUGAGCCAUUCUCUGUAUGAAUCUGUGAAGUUUUCUCUUUUUCUUCCUAUUUUUAGUUCAACAAAUGGGGGUAUGGGGAUUUGAACGGAGUAGUGUUAUUGGUAAGCGAUGUUCGUGUUGAUUUGUUUUUUAAUAUAGACUGUUCAAGUAGAGCAUGUUUUAUGCCCUUAAGCCACAGUUUUGUAUAAGAGAUGGGAAUGUGGGAGAGAAUCUCUGAGGUCCUUAUUUAGUGUAUAGGUUUUAUUAUUAUUAAUUUUAUUGCUAUUUGGCACGUUUGGUUUAA